AUGGCGGAAGAGGCUGCGGCUGUGGUUGGAGCUGGAGUCGAUGUAAACACGGCUGAAAAACAGACAGAUAUCUCCAUGGCGUAUUUACAAGACGAGGUAACUGUUAAUCAUUUUCAUCUGAGCCGGUUAAAGUGAAAAACUCGGUUAUCUAAUGUCAUUACGCGCCCUUAUAGUCCUACAUCCUGUUUCUAUCUCACUAAUCUAUCAAUGAGCUGUAACAUUAGAGUUAAUUACUGCAGUGUAACGCUAUAAUACUGAGAAAAGACAUUUAUUUAGCCACGAUAAGCAAAGAAAAGGCGUGAUGUGUGUUUCACAGGGUUGUUAAAAUGAUGUUUUUAACCACUGUAGCUGUCAGAGCUCAGAAACAGUCUGAUAGCUCCUCUAACUGUCUAAACAUCACUGUUACUUCAAAGAUCAGGUGCUUCGAAUAUCUACUGAUACCAAGAUCUGCUCUUUGGGAAUCCGCUGUUUCUAAAUUUAUAUAAGCUGAGAUUAGAGGAACUUUAUUGAUCCCCAAAGGAAAAUUGAAUGAUUAUUAUUUGGAGAAAAUCAAGAAAACAAAAAGCUUCAAUAUCAUUCAAUCAAAUCACAAACACAGGAGUACCUUCUUAAUUUUUUUUCUUAAAGGAACUCAGGCAUGAACUGAACAAACCUACAAGUUAUCACUCGUAAAAGAUUAGAAUAGAAUAGAAGAAUGGAAUAAAACUUUAAGGGGAAAUUCAUAUUGUUGCAGCAACAGAUACGACAGGACACACAAGAGGUAUCGUCAAAAUAAAUAGCUGACAACAAAUAAAUACCUAAAAGUCAAAGUGCUUCACCUUUCUAGGUGUGUAUGUGUUAGUCUGAUGGCUGUGGGAGCGUCUGAACCUUUCUGUUCUGCACCUGGGGAGAGUUAAUGUAGGCCCCCAAGAACUUGUAGGAGUCCACUGUGUCCACCUCUUCCCCGUGGAUAGUAAUGGAGAUAUUGGGCCUCCUGCUCCUCCAGAAGUCCAUCACCAGCUCUUACAACCCUGAACACUCCUGUCUUUUAUUUGGCUACGAUGGACUCAACUAAAUAAUUCAAAAUAAGUGAAAGUGCUCGUCUGUUUUUUCCAGAAGACUGAUGGAGACAUGACGAACCUCAACUUGGGUGAGCUGGACCUCACCACUGAUGAGUUUAUCCUGGAUGAAGUGGACAGUAAGUUAAACAUUUACUGUUUAUGUGUCUCACACCACAGUUAGAUAAAAGUCGUCAUGUUUGAGAAACCUCUUCAAAACUGAUCAUUAAUGCAGCAAAAUACUGACAUGGCAACUUUCAUUUGUGCGCUAAUGAACUAAUUUACAAUUUGUGAAGUUUAGACUCACAUUUAUCAAACUUUUAACUCAAAGUUCUCACAAUCCAAAGGAGUUCAAGUUUUCAUGAAUUCUCUUUCUGCCUCCUGCAGUUCACAUUCAGGCCAAUCUGGAGGACGAUCUGGUGAAGGAGGCUCUGAAAACGGUGAGAGCUCAAGUUCUUUAACUGAGGGUUAGAUUUGAGGAGAGGAAUGAAAGCUGGUUGAGGGUUUUUACAGCUCUGUGUCUGUGAUCUGGUUUUAAUGAAGCUGGUUUUGCUUUCAGGGGGUCGACCUGCGGCAGUACUCCAAGCAGGUGGAGUCAGAGCUGCAGAGGAUUGAACAGGCCUCCAUCAAAGACUGUAUCCUUCCUGCACAAACCUGAAGAAUGUCAUUUAAGUUGUUCUUGUCCCAGUAAAAGGUCCUGAAGAACCAAAUCAGGACCUUUUUUCUAUCAUCUACACCUUUCCCUGUUAUGUUGAUGUAUUAUUGUUGUUUCCCUGACUGUUCACCCGUCAGACAUUAAGGAGAGUCAGAACAUCGCUCUGCUGCACAACCAGAUCACGGCCUGUGACUCCAUCCUGGAGGUAAGAUGAGACGAACUCAAACUGAUCCCAAAGAUGUAGAUUUAGAGGUGGGAAUUCUCGUCCACUCAAGCUGUCAGGUUUCAUGAUAUUUUGGAGGCAUGUUACACCCCUGGCCCUUAACACCCCUGAUGAUAUCACUUCCUCCUCCCAGCGUAUGGAGGGCAUGCUGAGCGGCUUCCAGAGCGACCUGUCCUCCAUCAGCAGUGAGAUCCAGACUCUGCAGCAGCAGUCGGUCAGCAUGAACGUCCGGCUGAAGAACCGUCAGGCGGUACGCAGCCACCUCAGCCAGCUGGUGGACGAGCUGGUGGUUCCCGGAGCCAUGAUCUCCACCAUUCUGGACAGUCCCGUGACAGAGCAGGAGUUCCUGGAGCAGCUGCACGAGCUCAACAACAAGAUCAACUUCGCCAAAGAGCUGAGCUUCAGAGAGACGCUGGCCUGCUCCGACAUCCAGGACAUCGUGGACCGCCUCAAACUCAAGGUGACACUCGGAGGAGAGAUUUAAGUUAUCUUCACAUUCUCUGAGAACAGGUGUUCAUUAGCUCUGUAACACCUACGGUACUUCCUCAGGCGGUGUCAAAGAUCCGAGAGUUCAUCCUGCAGAAGAUUUACUCCUUCAGGAAGCCGAUGACCAACUAUCAGAUCCCACAGAACACUCUGCUCAAAUACAGGUCAGCAAAGACCCGCCUGUUGUUCCUGUUUGUUCUCUCUUUACCGUCAGGCUCUGACCUCCUUUUAAUGUCCUUCACAGGUUUUUCUACCAGUUUCUUUUGGCCAAUGAGAGGACAGUAGCGAAGGAGAUCAGAGACGAGUACGUGGACACGAUGAGCAAAAUCUACUACAGUUACUUCAAGUCCUACAGCGGCCGGCUGCUCAAAGUGCAGGUAAGCAGAGUCAUGCCGAAACAACAGUAAGUGUCUUGGAUAGAUAAGCCGAGCUGCUGAUACAGACCGCCUGAGUGAUGUCGAUUGUUGGACGGCACAGAACUUCCUACAACUAAACAACUGCAAAUCUGAAAUAAUCAUGUUCAAUUUACAAAACUCCUCGACCACGAUCAGUAACAGCCUCGGUCCAUUUUCAUCAAAUAAUAUCAAAUCAUCAGAAAUCUUUUUAACCUCGCCUUUGCAGCUCAUAUCAAUAAAAUCACACAGUCUCACUUCUUCCAUUUAUCUCCAAAUUAAAAUCCAUCCUCUCCCAGUCAGACAUGGACAAAGUCAUCCACGCCCUCAUCUUCCCCCGCCUCCAUUACUGUAACUCACUUCUUUCAGGCGUUACACAGAAAUCUCUUCCCCGCCUUCAACUUGUCCAGGAUGAAGCAGCUCGGCUUCUGACUGAUUUUAACAGACGACAUCACAUCACCACUAUUUUAGCAUCUUUACAUCGGCUUCCAGUUAGUUUUAGAAUUGAUUUGAAGAUUUUACUCGUUACUUUUAAGGCAUUAAACCCCCUAUGAGCCAGCCCACACCCUGAGAUCCUCCUGAUCGUUCCAAAGUCGAGACUUGUAACUGAAGGUGACGGAACCUUUUCCAUCAGGGCCCCUCGACUUUGGAACGACCUCCCCGAGGAGAUCAGGUGUGCAGAAACAAUCACUGCUUUUAAAUCACGUCUUAAAACUCAUUUCUAUGGACUUGCUGUUUUGUGAUUUUUGUCUUCUUUAAAACUUUUUACUCUUCAUUCAUGUUUUAUAAUCGUCGCCUUGGUCUCAGGUUUUUGUGAUUUGGUUCCUGUGUUUCACAGGCUGUUAUAACGUCUUUGUUUCCACCAGUUUUUAUUUUAUUUUAUUCUAUUUCUUUAUUGCCUAUAAUGUGUCAUUUCCUUCAGUGUUCUCUUGUUGUUGUUUUUAUCUUCUUUGUUUUCCUGCACGUUAAAGAACUUUGUAAGCUCUUUUUUUUAAAAGUGCUAUAUAGAUAAAGUUCUUCUUAUUAUUAUUAUUGUAAAGAAAGAUGUCGCCAACAUGGACGGGGAGAGUUAGUUUAUGAGACUGAGACCAUAAAGAGAAUAAAGCAGCAGCGAUGAAGCGAUCUCCACCGAGAGGCUAAAGUGUCUAAAACUGUCCCCGUCCUUCUCUGCCCUAAUUUUCAUCAACUCUGUCUGAUUCCUGUUUGUCCUCUCUGCAGUACGAGGAGGUGGCAGACAAAGACGACCUGAUGGGAGUAGAAGACACUGCCAAGAAAGAUAUCCUUUAA